CUUGGAGCCCAUAUGCGUUCAGAAGAUGUUGGUACUGAACAGGAUUUCGUUGCAACCAAAGUCUUCACUCACCCGUCAUAUCACAGACCUAAAGGUUACAGUCACGACAUCGCUCUCUUAAAACUGGAAAAACCCGCUCUUCUUAACAGGUAUGUGAACCUCGCUUGUCUUCCACACAACGUGGAGGCGCCUGUAGACGGAGAAACAUGCUGGAUCACCGGCUGGGGCAGACUGGCUGCAGGAGGCUCGUCUCCAGAGUAUCUUCAACAGGUAUCCGUGCCAGUAGUGAGUCGCGGGCGCUGCGACAGGGCAUAUCCAAAUAAAAUCCACGAUUCCAUGAUCUGCGCCGGCCUGGACCAAGGCGGCAUCGAUUCUUGUCAGGGGGAUAGUGGUGGACCAAUGGUGUGCGAAAAGGGCGGGAAAUUUUAUCUGCAAGGCGCCACUAGCUGGGGCUAUGGCUGCGCCGAAGCUGGGAAGUUUGGUGUGUACGCCAAAGUGAAAUAUCUUCUGCCUUGGCUCACCUCUGUAAUGUCGAACAAUUGAUUCAUGUCCUAAAGAUAUAAGUGUCCUAUAGGAUAAGAAGUGAAUGACACACUAGAUAUUCUAAGUUGAAGGAAUCGUCAAUAAAAGUUGGGCAU